AUGAAUCAACCGAAGGCGUAUGCUGAAUCCAAUGCUUUACAAUACCGUCAUGUAUUGGAUCUGAUCGAAGAAUUUGCUGAGGAAUUCAACAAAAUGAAAGGCCGCAUCAUUGAUAUUGGCUGUGGUCCUGGGAAUGUUACCAAAGAUAUACUGCUCCCCAAUGUGGAUAAAAAUGCUAUUAUUGUUGGUGCUGAUAUAUGCCCAGCUAUGGUUGAAUAUGGAGAGCAACAUCACAGAGUUAAAGAUAGGCUAUCAUACCUUCAAUUAGACAUCCAAGCACCGGAACUACCCGAAGAGUUAGUCGAACAAUUCGAUAAUGCAGUGUCUUUCUAUGCCCUCAACUGGUGUAAGAACAUGAAGCUAACGAUGGAAAACAUCUACAAACUCCUUCGUCAAGGCGGUAAAGCUAUCAUUCUAAUGAUAUCGCAUCACAUGAUAUUCGAUAUUUAUCUGGAACAGGAGAAAGAUCCACAAUUUUCAGCAUACAUGCAGGCGGCUGAGCAGUCUUACUAUCAACCUACAUUCCAGUCCAGACAUGAUGAUACCAAAUAA